UUACUUCAUAGCUUCCAGAAAACUCAUCCAGAUGAAUUCCUAGUAUGCAAGCAUAUGAGAAUCAGCUGACCUGGAGGAUUUCAGCCUCCGCAUUGGAUAUUUCAACCCUCAUGAGAGAGAGGCCAGCUGCAGAACAGCGUCCCCCGAAUGACUUGAGGAGUCAGUGUCUGACUCAAGGACACCUUUCUACCCCAAAAGCGGCGGAUGGCCCGACGAUUUCAUCCACCAUCACCACGGUAACCGGCGGGUGCUAUUUUCGUUCUCUGUGUGACACUAAAGUUUUUGUAGUGUCGUCAGCUUCUGUCAAGCUUAAGCCCAUUGUACAACAAGUCAAGUCCAGUCACUCCAGUCACCCCAGUUUCUCAGCGCAGACAAGUGGUGUUUUUCAAAUGGAUGUGUUGGCCAUUCCUGCAGACAGGCAUAAAGGAUGGUACCUUUCUCUGAUGGCACCCAACACAAAAGGACCAAAGUUUGCCUGGCUGGACCCGUCCAGACUCUACUGCAACUCCCAGGCUCUUGCAGAUUGUGUCAAAGACCUUCUCAUUCCAUUUCACAACAACACCAUUGACCUGGUAGCCGGGAUAGAUGCAAUGGGAUUCAUUCUUGGGGCUUCUGUUGCCACCACCCUCGGAAAAGGUUUUCUGGCUGUCCGCAAAGCAGGACACCUGUGUGUCGCAACCCAAACCCAAAACUACACUGACUAUACGGGAAGAAACAAGACUUUGGAAGUAAGGCUGGAUGUGCUAAACCCAGGUGUGAGGGUGCUGUUAGUGGACCAAUGGAUAGAGACUGGUGGCACCAUGAAGGCUGCGAUCCAACUGGUGGAGAGGCUGGGUGCCACUGUUGUAGGUGUGGCAGCUGUGGCCAUCGAGAACACUGAGGGAGGAAAGUGGAUUAAAGAAAAUUACAAAUACUCUCACUGCAUCCCCGAAGAGUUCCAGAGCCUAAUUGAUCGAAAGUAUCUUGAAUCCUUCAAAAACUUCAACAACUGAACAACAAAACAUUUUUAUUACCUCUGUAAAGAAGAAAAGGGGAAUAGUGAUAUUUUCUAAGACGGAGAUGGUGAGGAAAUCUGAUCUGCAUAGACAUUGUAUUUUUUAAGAGAGUGAAAUCUCUGUUUAAUAUGACAUCUUUUCAACUAACACAAGCUGUACUGUGAGUUCAACUAAAUAAUUUUCUUAAAAUAAAUGUUUCUUAUUUUCAAAUCA